GAUACUGCUAUAAACUAUUUAAUACCGCGUAAUAGUUUAGUAUAAACUAAAAACUCGUGGUCUACAUACACGCAUAUUCUGUUUUUUUUUUUGUAAUGGCUUCUUCCUCUUACGCACCACUCUCUGCAGUCUUCAGCGGUUUCGCUGCAACCAAACCUAACCCACCUCCAACUUGUUCUGCUUUUCUCGUCCCUAAGCGAAGAUCAAAUUCUCGAAAUCUGAAAAAUGGUGUUUCCUUGAAAUCUUGGAAUAACCAUGGGUUUCAAUUCAAAUCAAGAAAUUUGAGUGUGUGUGCAAGAGCUACUGAAGAGAAGACUGUUCAUGAUUUCACUGUAAAGGACAUAAGUGGGAAGGAUGUUUCCCUAGACAUAUUCAAAGGAAAACCUCUGUUGAUCGUUAACGUUGCUUCAAAAUGUGGUUUGACAUCAUCAAACUACACAGAGCUUUCACAGUUGUACGAUAAAUACAGGAACCAAGGAUUUGAGAUUUUAGCUUUCCCUUGCAAUCAAUUUGGAGGUCAAGAACCGGAAUCAAACCCGGACAUCAAGCGAUUCGUGUGUACCAGAUUCAAAGCUGAGUUCCCUAUAUUCGACAAGGUUGAUGUGAAUGGACCGAGCACUGCUCCAAUCUACCAGUUCUUGAAAUCAAAGUCUGGUGGAUUCUUGGGUGAUCUCAUCAAGUGGAACUUUGAGAAAUUCUUGGUUGACAAAAAGGGCAACGUCGUCCAGAGAUACCCUCCCACGACUUCGCCUUUACAAAUUGAGAAAGACAUCCAGAAGUUGCUUGUGGCUUAAAUAUUAAUCUACUACUAUUCAUAAUGUGUGUGUAUAAGAGAGAUUCGUAGUGUCUCAAUAACCUGUUUACUGUUGGUAUACCAAAAAUUAAGAUAGACAUGUAUUAUGUUACAGAAAUGACAUUAUACGAUUGGAAAAUCAAAUGAACAAUUUAUGUAAA